UCGCGGGUUUUAGUGCAACUUAUAAAGAACAGACCUUUAACAUGGGCAUAUCUACGACAAGGCAAAUCGUUCGCGGUCACGUACACGUGGUUUUUUUCGAAUAAGUCACCGGUAAUCGUGGACUGUUCCAAGUUCUCUCGACAGCUUGUUUUGAGAAGGUAAAAUUUCUUCGUGAUGGAGGUUAACAAGGGCGACGUGGUGCUGCCGGGGGAUAGGGUAAAGGAUAUAACAUUGAACAAUGAAAAGGAGAUAGUGAUACUAGGCCCCGGGCUACGUCGCGACGACGAUGCAAUAUUCGUUUGCAAAGUGGGUAUCCUGAAGAAACGCGAGCCGGCUGUGUACUAUGUUGACAGCUACCAGAAACGGUACAUUCCUAGUCGAGGUGAAAGUGUAGUGGGUAUAGUGACCCAGAAGGCUGGUGACAUAUACAAAGUGGAUAUCGGUGCCAGUGAACAGGCUUCAUUGUCUUACUUGGCCUUUGAAGGUGCCACCAAGAAGAAUCGUCCUGACAUACAAGCAGGUGAUGUGGUAUUCGCCAAGUUGCUCAUUGCCAGCAAGGAUAUGGAGCCGGAAUUGGUGUGUGUGGACUCGCAGGGUAAGGAGAAUGACUUGGGUGUACUCGGCACGGACGGUAUGGUGUUUACAUGCUCCCUGAGCCUUGUGAGGAAAUUAUUGAAUCCAGAGUGUCCGUUGUUCAAAUUGCUCGGUAAGAAUCAAAAAUACGAACUGGCUGUUGGAAUGAACGGCAAGAUUUGGAUCAAGGCAAGGUCGGUACAGGAAACCAUUGCGGUGGCGAACGCCAUUCUGGCGGCCGAGUACACGAUACCUACGGAAAUGAACAAACUUUGCGCCAAGAUUGAGAAAGCCUUACUUUUUGUAGCGUGACUUGCAUUGACACGUUCUAGUCUUUGUCUGAAAACAAUGAUUGGUCUUGAAGUACAAAGAGAGAGAGAGAGAGAGAGAGAGAGAGAGAGAGAGAGAGAUGACCAGAUUGAUGCAAAAACCUUAUGUUUAUGUAAACCUGUAAAAGAUAGAAUUAUUAGUAUUAAUAAUUAAUAAUAGCUAAGUGAAAUUAUAAGUCGAUAGUUACAAUUAUUUAUGUUACGUAUAACUACGUUAACUUAUAUAUUACUUUAAAUUAAGAAAUGUCUAAAACAUUGCCUGACAUUUGAAUAAUUGUAAAGAUAUCGUUAUUAAUUGAAGUA